AUGAAACGUUCAUAUUCAUUUUUAAAUUCAUCUUUAACAAAACGUUCAAAAAUACAACAUAAUUCAAUAGAAAAUUCUUCAUCAUUAACAUCAAAUUCAUUAAAAUUUUUUAUUGAACAAACAAAAAAUUCUUUUAUUAAUUAUUUUCAUAUGCCACCAAUUAUAUUUAAACAUCAAUUAUAUUCAUUUAAAUCAAAUAAUCGUACAUUAAUUGAUUGUGAAUUACAAGAUAUGUUUAAUAAUAAUCAAAUACGUUUAUUUCAUUCAGAUUUUGGUAUUAUGUUAAUGUUUACAAAUGAUUAUCAUUUAUUAAUUGAACGACAAUUAAAUGAAAAUAAUUUAUCAUCAUUAUCAAUAGAAAAAAAUCGUUUAAAACAACGUUUCAUUCAAGAUUUAUUACCAAAUAAUAUACGUUUAUCAAUUGAUAAAUAUAUAUUAGAAAAUAAAUAUCAAUUAAAUUCAAAUGAUAUUCAUUUACUUAUACAAUUAGGUUUACUUUUACCAAAACAAAUUGAUCAAUAUUGGUUUUCAAUACCAAAUUUAUCAUCAUUUAUAACAUGUUUAGAAAAAGGUCGACGUACACUUUUACAAAUGUUAUCAAGACGAAUGUAUAAAGAAAUAUCAAUGAAUGAAUUUCGAUUAAGAGAUAUUAAAAAAAAAUGUUUAUUAGGAUUUGAUUAUCAUAUUCAUGAUCUCAUUGGAACAAAUUUAGCACAUAUUAUUGAUGCACCUACAGGUUCUAUUGUUAAAAUAGGACCAGAAAAAGUUUAA